AUGGGCCGCUGGGAAGAACGCAUGUUUGGCCGAAAUCUACAAGAGGUGCUCGAAAAUCUUAUCUUCCCUCUGCAUGCUCGUCGGGGAACGCCUCGGGGGCUGAAAAAUCGCCUCGAUUAUGCUGUUUUGAUGGAAUCACAACCAGUUGCUGAGCUCAGAGAUGGAGAAAGAGUAAAGUUUUAAAAUUUAAGCUCAACUUUUCUUUUGAAACGAAAGUUUUGAAAUUUCAAACUUUAGACUUUUAGACUUAAAAUAUUGAAUUUGAACGCAAGCUCAAUCCCUUUUCGAUUUUUCGAGCUAAUUUUUGUUUUGAAACGUGUUUCCGAGCUUGCAAAAAGCAUUUAUGAAGUGAUUUUGAAACCCAAAAUUUCCCAUAAGUUACAGUUUUUUAAACUCAGAGGCUUUUUAUUGACUUCUUAAGGUUCCUUCUCAUAGAAAAAGUCGGAAAAAAUUCGCCCAAAUUUCUGCUCUGUCAGUAAUUUUUUUAAUAAAAUAAAAAAAUAUUCGAAAAAAAAACCAAAUAAUGGCAGUUUUAACGAAUAUUUCAUGAUAUUUCAAGCGUGGAGUAUAAUUUUUAAAUUUAUUUCUCAAGGCUUUUUCCUUUUUUGUUUUUAUAAUAAAGUUUCUUAAAACCGGUUUCGCACAGGUUCUGCUCCAAAUUCCAAAAUACCGUCUUAGGCUCGCGAGGAAAACCAGCAUGUGCGCCCUAUCGCACUCGUAGGGGCCUCUUAAGAGGCGUCACGCUCUAUUUUUCCCACCAUUUUAUUUUUAUUUUUCUCUCUAUAUUUCAACAUUUCGUCACUAUUUACUCUCACGUUUUGCAUUUUUUCGAAGCAAAUCGGAAUUCUUUCAGGGUUUUUCUUUUUAUGAUCAUUUGGGACCUACGGCUAAUUCAAGAAGUUUGUCGAUUGUUCCUGAGAAAAUCUCCAACCCAACACUUUUCGCAAUCAUGUCUAUCGCCAGCAAGCGUCGCUUCAUCACCAAUAAGGUAGGAAUGUUGAAAAUUAGUGGUUUUUUGAGAAAAUGAUAAAAUUAAGGUGGAGUCCGAGAUGUACACCCCGGCUGAAGGGGACGUCAUCGCGAAAGUUAUGCAAUCGCGCGGAAAUAAUUUACACGAGGUUUUUGAUUUUAUUCAGAUAGAAAAUAAGAUAAUUUUGAAGGUUGUCGACGAGUUUGGCGAAAUUUACGUGGCGAGUAUGCCUUCAAAGUUCAGAAAGGCGGUCUGGAUCCGACGGGGCCAAUUUGUCGUCCUUCGUCCGAUCGACGAGGGUGACAAGGUUUUUUUCAUCAAUAUUUGUUUGUUGAUCAUGAAAAUUGAAAAAGAAAAAGUCAUAAUUAGAAAAAGAUUAAGUUUUAAAACUGAUUUUAUCCGUUUAAAUUCAAAUUUUCUCUGUUUUUGCUCAAAGUUCCAUUUUUAUCAGCUACUUAGUUGACACAGAAAGCUUUAUUGAAUAAAUUUUUUUGAUAAAAUCGAUUGAAAAUAAAUAAUUUCCAGGUGAAAGCCGAAAUCGAACAUGUUCUUGACGAGGAGAACGUCUUGUACAUAUGGGAGUGCAAAAAGUUGGUUUUUUUUUUUUAAGCUUCUAAAAAUAAUUAAUUUUUCAUCCCAUGUGACUUUUUUUCAGGUCUUGUUUAUCACUUUUGAAUUCACAAACUUGUAUUUCCCGUUCUUUUUUUGGUUAUAUUUCGAAAAAGGAAUAAUUAAAAAGAAAUAUAAUAAUUGAAAAAUUCGGACUUUUUAAACUUUUUCUUUAUAGUCGAUUUUCUUUUCCGUAAAUGUUUUUGAAAUUUUCACUCGAAAUCUUACCUUUUUUUCAAAUCAUUGAUUAUCAGUUUAUUAUAACUUGUAGUGAGAAAAAAAGCUCUGAUUUUUGGGCAACUAUUUUCAAAAGAUUUUUUUCAAAAAGGGGCUUUUAUAAAAUGUUCAUAAACAUGAUUUUUCUAACGUUUCAAGAUGGCCUGAACGAUUCGAAGCCGACGCGGAGCAGAUGACCCGCGCCUCGAAACGGGGAAGUGCUGUUUCGAAAGAUCCGGCGAAUAAUCCGACCAUCGACGACGACAUGCUCCCGCCAAGGUCUGUUCUUCACUAAUUUCAUCGAUAUUUCCGUUUGAGAAUCAUUUUUAACUGAUGCCGUGUUCAAAAGAAUUUGGCCAAUUUGAAAUUGAUUUAUUAGUGGUUCUGCAGAAUUAAAAAAAAAAUCAAAAACCGUUAAAAAAAUGGGUCCUAGCAACGUUGUAUCGCGACAUGAGGGGAUUUUAUUUUUUUCGUUUAAAGAUUCUCAAAAAAAUUCCUGAAAUUCGGAUAUUAGUUCAUACAAGUCGCCAUCUCGUUGUAGAAAAAAAGUUUUUUUAACGGAUCUCGGAAAUAUAAAUUUUGCGUAUCAAAGAUUAAAAUUUAAAAAAAUAAUGAUAUUUUUUUCUAGUUCUUCGUGUGUUUUUACUGAUUUUUAUAAUCUAGAAUCAAAGAAACAAGUAUACUAUUUACGAGUAUUUUUCCGCAGUGUUUAUCACUCGAAAAAAACAUGCGACUUUGAAAAUACGAGCGUUUUAACUAUGCGAACUUCAUAUAAAACUACCAAUACGUAGCGCUUUUUUUGUGUUUCAACAUGUUGAAGUGGAAAAAUAACCUCAAAAAAAGUUUAAAUUAUUCAUUUUGUUUGUAGUUUCUACCAGCUUUUUUUGCAUCCAUAUGUUCCCGAACAGAUAAUUUAAUUAAUGUUCUUGUGAAGUGAGAAUUUAGUCCUCUAUAGUUAUAGAUCUAUAAAUGGCUGAUUGAAGAUUUUUUUGAAAUAUGCUUUACGUAAAAAAAUUCCUUGGUUCAAUGUUUUACUGUUUGUGAAAUUUGAAGUAUACUCUGUUUUUUUAGUAUAAAGGAAAUAGCUAUGAAGCAAUAAAAAAAGAAAAAUUUUUCAAGAAGAAAAGUAAAAAAAUUAAGCGAGAGCGACGAGGACGAAGACGAAGAGCCUGCUUCGGAUUCAGAAGACGUCGACGACGAAGAGGAUUCGGAAGACGACGACGAGUUCGACACGUACAAUCCCAAUCGACAAAAUUGA